AUGGCUUCCGAGAGUGUGAAAGAUAACUGUGUUGCAUAUGCAGCGAGAGAUACAUCUGGAGUCCUGUCUCCUUACGCGUUCACCCGCAGUUCUGAGAACUCUAAACACUCAAAACUCAACAGGUCAGCUAGAGAAGACGAUGUUGUUUUAGAUAUUAAGUACUGUGGAGUUUGCCAUGCUGAUGUGGUGUGGACAAAGAACUACCAUGGACGUACAAAGUAUCCAGUAGUCCCCGGACACGAGAUCGCUGGGGUUGUAAGAGAAGUUGGCUCCAAGGUGACAAAAUUUAAAGCUGGAGAUCACGUAGGAGUUGGAGUAUAUGUAAAUUCUUGCAGGGAAUGUGAGUAUUGUAACGAGGGGCUAGAAGUUCACUGCGUCAAGGGAACAGUUUACACUUAUGAUGGUAUAGAUACCGAUGGCACAGUGACUAAAGGAGGAUAUUCUAGUUUCUAUGUUGUUAAUGAAAGGUACUGCUAUUCGAUACCUGAUGGAUACCCGCUAGAGUUGGCAGCGCCCUUGUUGUGUGCCGGGAUUUCUGUUUACACGCCAAUGAUGAGACACAACAUGAACCAACCUGGUAAAUCAUUGGGUGUGGUUGGUUUAGGAGGACUAGGACACAUGGCAGUGAAAUUUGGAAAGGCUUUUGGUUUGAAAGUCACAGUUUUCAGUACUACUGAAUCCAAAAGAGACGAGGCAAUAACUCAUCUCGGAGCAGAUGAUUUUGUGGUCUCAUCUGAUGAACAGAAGAUGAAUGCACUUACCAAGAACUUGGACUUCAUUCUCAAUACUGCAUCUGGCGACAUUCCCUUUGAUCCAUACUUGAAAACCUUGAAAACCGGAGGUGUUCUCGUGAUAGUCGGCUUUCCAAACGAAAUCAAAAUGAUGCCAGUGAGCCUAAUCCCGGAGGCGAGAAGCAUAGUGGGGACUCUCACUGGAGGAACAAAACAGACUCAAGAAAUGUUGGAUUUCUGCGCCAAGAACAAGGUGUACCCAGAAGUCGAGAUAGUUCCGAUAGAUUAUUGCAAUGAGGCUCUCGCCAGGUUGACGAAGAAGGAUGUGAAGUAUCGUUUUGUGCUUGAUGUUGCAAACACUCUCAAGAAACAAUAA